CAGCAAUGGAGCAAAGGCCCAAGCCCGUGAGAAAAGCCUUCUUCCCCGACAAGAAACCUGAACCUUUACUCCUCUGUUCUCCAUCAGACUCGGAACGGCUCUCUGCUUUCUUUCUCUCACUCACGCUCAUCAUUCAAACCGAUUGUAGGUUUUUCUUAUCUAGUUUCAUCGAAGAUGUUUCUCACAAGGACUGAGUAUGACAGAGGAGUCAACACAUUCUCUCCGGAAGGGCGAUUGUUUCAGGUUGAAUAUGCCAUUGAGGCCAUCAAGCUUGGUUCAACUGCAAUUGGGUUGAAGACAAAAGAAGGCGUUGUUCUCGCAGUUGAGAAACGAAUCACUUCACCACUACUGGAACCAAGUAGUGUGGAGAAAAUUAUGGAAAUUGAUGAUCAUAUUGGAUGUGCCAUGAGUGGGUUGAUUGCUGAUGCCCGCACACUUGUUGAGCACGCACGUGUGGAAACUCAAAACCACAGGUUCUCCUACGGUGAGCCAAUGACUGUGGAAUCUACAACACAAGCUCUUUGUGAUCUGGCCCUACGAUUUGGCGAAGGUGAUGAAGAAUCUAUGUCUCGACCUUUUGGAGUUUCUCUUCUCAUUGCUGGUCAUGAUGAGAAUGGGCCCUGCUUAUACUAUACUGAUCCAUCUGGCACAUUUUGGCAAUGCAAUGCAAAAGCUAUUGGUUCAGGUUCAGAGGGUGCAGACAGCUCUUUGCAAGAGCAAUACAACAAGGACAUAACUCUUCAAGAAGCCGAAACUAUUGCUCUUUCCAUUCUGAGGCAGGUCAUGGAAGAAAAGGUGACUCCCAAUAAUGUUGACAUUGCAAAGGUGUCUCCAACAUACCAUCUAUAUACACCUUCUGAGGUAGAAGCCGUCAUUAAUCGCCUAUGAGUGCAGGCCUUCGCAUGGCAAAUCAUCCUCCACUUCCUGUUGUUGCAAUACUGUGUUUAAUUAGUUUGAUGGGGAAAAUAUUGUAUUUGUUUUUGCUUUUGAGAUUCAAGUUCGUAAUUUUCAUUUGGUUUUGGGUCA